AUGUCUAAGAAGGGCCGGAGCAAGGGCGAGAAGCCCGAGAUGGAGGCGGACGCCGUGCAGGUGGCCAACGAGGAGCUGCGGGCCAAGCUGACCAGCAUCCAGAUCGAGUUCCAGCAGGAGAAGAGCAAGGUGGGCAAGCUGCGCGAGCGGCUGCAGGAGGCCAAACUGGAGCGGGAGCAGGAGCAGCGGCGGCACACGGCCUACCUCUCGGCGCUGCGGGCCAAGCUGCACGAGGAGAAGACCAAGGAGCUGCAGGCGCUGCGCGAGGCGCUCAUCCGCCAGCACGAGCAGGAGGCGGCGCGCACGGCCAAGAUCAGGGAGGGCGAGCUGCAGCGGCUGCAGGCCACGCUGAACGUGCUGCGCGACGGCGCGGCCGACAAGGUGAAGACGGCGCUGCUGGCCGAGGCGCGCGAGGAGGCGCGCAGGGGCUUCGACGGCGAGCGGCUGCGGCUGCAGCAGGAGCUGCUGGAGCAGAAGGCGGCGCGCAAGCAGGCGGAGGAGGCGCUCAGCCACUGCGUGCAGGCCGACAAGGCCAAGGCGGCCGACCUGCGCGCCGCCUACCAGGAGCACCAGGACGAGGUGCACCGCAUCAAGCGCGAGUGUGAGCGCGACAUCCGCCGGCUGAUGGAUGAGAUCAAGGGGAAGGACCGGGUGAUCCUGGCCUUGGAGAAGGAGCUGGGCGUGCAGGCCGGCCAGACGCAGCGGCUGCUGCUGCAGAAGGAGGCUCUGGAUGAGCAGCUGGUGCAGGUCAAAGAGGCCGAGCGGCACCACAGCAGCCCCAAGCGGGAGCUGCCGCCCGGCAUCGGGGACAUGGCGGAGCUCCUGGGCGCGCAGGAUCAGCACUUGGAUGAGCGAGAUGUGAGGCGCUUUCAGCUGAAGAUUGCGGAGCUGAACUCGGUGAUCCGGAAGUUGGAGGACAGGAACACCCUCCUGGCAGAUGAGAGGAACGAACUGCUGAAACGCUCCCGGGAGACGGAGGUGCAGCUGAAGCCGCUGGUGGAGAAGAACAAGAGGAUGAGCAAGAAGAACGAGGACCUGCUGCAGAGCAUCCAGCGCAUGGAGGAGAAGCUCAAGAAGCUCACGAGGGAGAACGUGGAGAUGAAAGAGAAGCUGUCGGCGCAGGCGUCCCUGAAGCGACACACGUCCCUGAAUGACCUGAGCCUGACGCGGGACGAGCAGGAGAUCGAGUUCCUGCGGCUGCAGGUGCUGGAGCAGCAGCACGUCAUCGACGACCUCUCCCUGGAGCGGGAGCGGCUCCUGCGCCCCAAGAGGCAUCGUGGGAAAGGCCUGAAGCUGCCCAAGAAGCAUGUUGUGGAGACGUUUUUUGGAUUUGACGAGGAGUCGGUGGACUCGGAGACCCUGUCGGAGACGUCCUGCAACACGGACAGGACGGACCGGGCCCCGGCUACGCCCGAGGAGGACCUGGACGACACGACCACCAGGGAGGAGGCCGACCUGCGGUUCUGCCAGCUAACCAGGGAGUACCAGGCCCUGCAGCGCGCCUACGCCCUCCUGCAGGAGCAGGUGGGGGGCACGCUGGACGCCGAGCGGGAGGCCCGGACCCGGGAGCAGCUGCAAGCCGACCUGCUGAGGUGUCAGGCCAAGAUCGAGGACUUGGAGAAGUUGCUGGCCGAGAGGGGUCAGGGCUCCACGUGGGUGGAGGACAAGCAGCUGCUCAUGAGGACCAACCAGGAGCUGCAGGAGAAGGUGCACCGGCUGGAGAUGGAGGAGCGCCAGCUGAAGAGCGACAUGCAGGACGCGCGGGACCAGAACGAGCUGCUCGAGUUCAGGGUGCUCGAGCUCGAAGAGAGAGAGCGGAGGUCACCCGCCUUUAACCUCCAAAUCGCCAGCUUCCCCGAGAACCACGGCAGCGCCCUCCAGCUGUUCUGCCACCAGGAAGGAGUGAAGGACGUGGAUGUUUCCGACCUCAUGAAGAAGUUAGAUAUCCUUGGCGAUAACGGGAACCUGAGGAACGAGGAGCAGGUGGCCAUCAUCCAGGCCGGGACUGUGCUGGCGCUGUGUGAGAAGUGGCUGAAACAGAUUGAGGGCACCGAGGCGGCCCUGACCCAGAAAAUGCUGGACCUGGAGCGGGAAAAGGACCUGUUCAGCAAGCAGAAGGGCUACCUGGAGGAGGAGCUGGACUACAGGAAGCAGGCGCUGGACCAGGCUCACCUGAAAAUCCAGGAGCUGGAGGCCACGCUGUACGACGCGCUGCAGCAGGAGCCGGGCGGGAAGGCGGGCGCGGCGCUGAGCGCGGGCCAGCGGGAGGGCCUGCAGGCCGCCGUGGAGAAGGUGCGCCGGCAGAUCCUCCGGCAGAGCCGUGAGUUCGACAGCCAGGUCCUGAGGGAGCGCAUGGAGCUGCUGCAGCAGGCCCAGCAGAGAGUCCGGGAGCUGGAAGCCAUGCUGGAGGCCCAGCGGCGGCACCUGAAGGAGCUGGAGGAAAAGUUUCUGUUCCUUUUUUUGUUUUUCUCGCUAGCGUUCAUUCUGUGGCCUUGA